AUGAAAGGGCAUAUAUCUGCUCCUGAAAAACCGGGGGAUGGCGAGACCACCACUUACAAUAUUACGGAGGCACCACUUGGGUCUACUCGCCACCUGCGCAUAGUGGGAAUCGGAGCUGGAAUGAGUGGAAUCAACAUGAUUCGCACUUUACGUCUCAAUGUCAAGGACUAUGACCACGUAGUCUAUGAGAAGAACCCCGAGAUCGGGGGAACAUGGUUCGAGAACCGAUACCCUGGGUGCAAGUGCGAUGUCCCGUCUCAUAACUACCAGUUCUCUUGGCGGCAUAAUCCUGAGUGGUCUGGGUUCUUCUCCACGGCUUCGGAGAUUCAGGAUUAUUUGUGUCGUGUGUGUGACGAGGAAGGAAUGCGUAGCGUUAUCAGGACAAGCCACCAAGUCACUCGGGCACAGUGGAAUGAGGCGACUGGGAUGUGGAAUCUGGAGGUGCAUGAUUUGGAGAAAGACACCAAAUUUCAUGACUCCUGUCAUUUUUUGUUGGAUGGCUCUGGAAUUUUGAACCACUGGAAAUGGCCGGAGAUUCCAGGCCUUCACAGUUUCCAAGGCCAAUUGGUUCAUAGUGCAGACUGGCCGUCGCACUUUAACUAUGCCGACUUGACUGUGGCGGUCAUUGGAAAUGGCUCGUCGGGGGUACAGAUACUGCCGGAGAUGCAACGAGAUGUCAAGCACUUAGUUCAUUUUGUGCGGGAGCCCACCUGGGUCGUUCCGUCAAGACUCCAAUUGCUAGCCCAAGGCGCUGGUGGAGGCGUCUUGAGCGAGGUGAGCAUGGAUGAGAACUCGGACUUUACAAAGGCCCAGAUCGAACGAUUUAAGUCAGAUCCCGUCUUCUACAAAAAGUUUGUCAAAGCCGUUGAAGAGGUCGUCAAUGGGAAUUUUCCUCUGACACUCAAAGACACGGAAUUUGCCGCGACCUUGCAACAGAGGUCAGCCGAAUACAUGACAGAUGCCCUUGAGGAUGAUAAGCGCCUAUGCGAUGCUUUAAUCCCGGGUUUCUCACUGGGAUGCCGCCGUCUCACGCCAGGCAUUGGGUACCUACAAGCCUUGAAGAAGCCCAAUGUGAGAGUAGUGACAGAUCCAAUUACUAGGAUUACGCCCAAGGGUCUCGAAACUAAAUCCGGCGAGCUCAUACAAGUCGAUGCAAUUAUCUGUGCUACAGGGUUCAACGUGUCUUUCUGUCCACGCUUCCCAAUUAUUGGGCCACAAGGAAAUCUGCAGGAUACAUGGACACAGCAACUACCAAAGUCGUAUAUGUCCUGUGCGGUUCCAAGCUUUCCAAAUUACUUCACUUUCCUCGGCCCCAAUGCCCCCAUUGGGCAUGGUAGCGUGUUCACAAUCACCGAACAUAUUGCCAAGUACUUGACUCGCAUCAUCAAGAAGUGCCAGACAGAGGGAAUCAAAGCGAUAUCCCCCUCGCAUGCUGCCGUUGAUGAGCUAUAUGAGCACACCCAGAGAUUUAUGCCUCGAACGGCCUGGUCAUCGAAUUGUGUCUCAUGGUUCAAGAAUGGUACAGUGGACGGUCCGGUCACGGCCCUACACCCGGGUAGCAGAAUACAUUUCUUCCAUAUGCUGGAAGGAUUUCGAGGCGAAGAUUGGGACUACGUGUACUUCAACAAGAAGAAUCGCUUCCAGUAUCUUGGAAACGGAUUUUCCACGAAGGAGGAAGGCAAGGAAGAUUCGACCUGGUACUUGGAUGAACCAGAUAAACUAUAA